UGCCCUGAGGACGAAGAUGGCGCCGUGAGCGGGUCGGAGCCGCUGCCGCCGCCCCCGCUCCAGGGCCAGCAUGGCUGCGACCGCCGCCGUCAGCCCCAGCGAGUACCUGCAGCCGGCUGCCUCCGGCACCCAGGACUCCCAGCCCUCUCCCCUGGCCCUCCUGGCAGCCACAUGUAGCAAGAUCGGCCCCCCCGCCGUGGAAGCCGCCGUGACCCCCCCGGCUCCCCCCCAGCCCACGCCCCGAAAGCUGGUGCCCAUCAAACCCGCCCCGCUGCCCCUGGGCUCCGCCAAGAGCAGCAUCGGCAUCCUGUCCUCCAAAGGGAACCUCUUCCAGAUCCAGGGCUCCCAGGUGGGCACCUCCUACCCGGGGGGGCAGCUGGUUUUCGCCAUCCAGAACCCGGCCGUGCUCAACAAGGGCUCCCGCUCGUCUUCUUCGUCCUCCUCCUCCUCUUCCUCCUCCUCCUCCAACAUCCAGUACCAGGCGGUGCCCGGCGGGGCACAGACCAUCCAGGUGCAGCCCAACCUCACCAACCAGAUCCAGAUCAUCCCAGGCACCAACCAGGCCAUCCUCACCCCUUCCUCCUCCUCCUCUUCCUCCUCCUCCUCCUCCUCCUCUUCCUCCUCCUCCUCCUCCUCUCACAAGCCCGUGCCCAUCAAACCCGCCCCGGCGCAGAAGGCGGGAGCGUCGCCGGGCGCGGGCAGCGUGGUCAAGUUACCCGGCGGCGGCAACGUGACUCUGACCUUGGCCAGCAACAGCCUGGUGGGCCCCGAGCAGGGUGGCCCGGCCCAGCUGCUCACGGACAGCCCUUCCAAAGCGGGCAAAAAGCCCCGGAAAAAGGCGGCGUCUCCCGCCCAACCCGCCGCCGCCGUGGCCGUGGCCGAGCAGGUGGAGACGGUGCUGAUCGAGACGACGGCGGAGAACAUCAUCCAGGCCGGCAACAACCUGCUGAUCGUGCAGAGCCCCGGCGCGGGGCAGCCGGCCGUGGUGCAGCAGGUGCAGGUGGUGCAGCCCAAGCAGGAGUCGCAGGUGGUGCAGAUCCCACAGCAGGCCCUGCGCGUGGUCCAGGCGGCCUCGGCCACGCUGCCCACAGUGCCCCAGAAAGCCUCCCAGAACUUCCAGAUCCAGGCGGCGGAGCCCACUCCCACCCAGGUCUACUUCAAAACCCCCUCGGGGGAGCUGCAGACCGUGGUGCUCCAGGAGGCCUCAGCCAUGGCCGUGGCUCCGUCGGGAUCGUCCUGCGGCAGCCCCGUGUCCCGCAGCCCCGGCCCGGGGGGCUCCAGGAAACCCCAACCCCGCAAGGAGCGCCCGCUGCCCAAAAUCGCCCCGGCCGGGGGCAUCCUGAGCCUGAACGCUGCCCAGCUGGCAGCUGCUGCCCAGGCCAUGCAGACCAUCAACAUCAACGGGGUGCAGGUCCAGGGCGUGCCCGUCACCAUCACCAACGCCGGAGGGCAGCAGCAGCUGACGGUGCAGAACGUGUCCGGCAACAACCUGACCAUCAGCGGGCUGAGCCCCACCCAGAUCCAGCUCCAGAUGGAGCAGGCGCUGUCUGGAGAGAUCCAGCCCGGAGAGAAGAGGAGGAGGAUGGCCUGUACCUGCCCCAACUGCAAGGAUGGGGAGAAGAGGCCGGGGGAUCCGGGGAAGAAGAAGCACAUCUGCCACAUCCCCGAGUGUGGCAGAACCUUCCGGAAGACGUCCCUGCUGAGGGCCCACGUCAGGCUGCACACGGGGGAGAGGCCCUUCGUGUGCAACUGGGUGUUCUGCGGGAAGCGCUUCACGCGCUCCGACGAGCUGCAGCGGCACGCGCGGACACACACGGGUGACAAGAGGUUCGAGUGUGCCCAGUGCCAGAAACGCUUCAUGCGCUCCGACCACCUGACCAAGCACUACAAGACCCACCUGGUCACCAAGAACUUGUAGGGCCUGGAGGGGGGACCCACCCCCCCAACCCCACACACCCCAAAACCAGGCCCAGGAGCACUCCAGAGCCCCCCCUCACCUCCCCAGGAAGGGGGACCCCAAGGGAUGUCCCCAAACCCUCCCGUGCCCCCCAGAGGUGCCAGGGAUUUCCCCCCUCGGGGUCAGGGGGUGGCCCAGCAGCACCGAGAGCCCUCCCUGGGGUGUCCCCCAAAAGAGGAGCCAGGGCAGGGGGGGAGAGGCCCCACAGCACAUUCCUACUUUGUAUUUAAAUCUAUAAAUAGCUAUAAAUAUCUAUAUGCCCCCUUUGGAAGGUCCCCUUUUUCUAUGGAGAUCGUUGCCUUACGCUCCCGAUUCCCAACCCUGUGGAUCAUGAGUGCUUUUCUAAGCUCUAUUUAACCCCCUUUUCCUCCUCAGAUUUCCCAAAACUCAAGGGGUUUUUUUGGGUUUUUUUGGGGUUUUUUUUGAGUUUGUUUUGUUUUGGUUUUUUGGGGGGUUUUCUGGGUUCUUUUCUUUUCUUUCUUUCUUCCUUUCCUUUCCUUUCCUUUCCUUUCCUUUCCUUUCCUUUCCUUUCCUUUCCUUUCCUUUCCUUUCCUUUCCUUUCCUUUCCUUUCCUUUCCUUUCCUUUCCUUUCCUUUCCUUUCCUUUCCUUUCCUUUCCUUUCCUUUCCUUUCCUUUCCUUUCCUUUCCUUUCCUUUCCUUUCCUUUCCUUUCCUUUCCUUUCCUUUCCUUUCCUUUCCUUUCCUUUCCUUUCCUUUCCUUUCCUUUCCUUUUUUUUUGUUUUGUUUUUUGGUUGUUUUUUUUUUCUCUCCCAAAACUCAAGUUUUUUCUGCUUUGUUUUUUUUUAUUAUUAUUAUUAUUUUUUUUUUCACCCCUCUUAAAAAUUUCUCUCUCCCAGCUUCUCAAUUCCCAAGCAACGUGGAAAACGUUUUCCUUUGGAAUUUUGGGACUCCUUUCCCCGUGCCCCCCUCUGUGUACAGUGUACAUUGUAUCAUAGAUUAUAUUGCUUUGGAGCUUUUAAAUUAAACGAAAAAAAUCCACUUUAUUUUUUAGUUGUAACGAGCCCGAGGGUGUUUUUCCCUGGAUUAUGUGAUUGGAUCUGUUCCUGUUUUCUGAACUGUACCUGGAGACAGCCAGGAGCUUUUCCUUGCUAAAUAAAUUUAGUCACCAGAGGCAAA